AUGUAUUGUUUCACGGUCUCUGUUGUACCUCCUCCCUACGCCCAACAAUUCUACGCUCAACGCUAUCAAUGCAGGUGUUCUAGUCACUUUAUUUUGGUUAUUCAAACAGGAAUGGCCAAGACAAGGAGUAUGACCAGAAACCAGAAUCAUGAUGAUGAUGCAUCAUCAUCAUCAUCUAGCAGGAAGAGGAACAAGAGUUUUGACAAGGGUCACGUAGGACCUUGGUCAGAUGUUAAUCAUGACGUGCUUUUUCUAGUUAUGAUGCAACUAAGAGUUGUUGAUUUUUUUGCAUUCAGUGGAGUUUGCAAGUCAUGGAGGUCAUUUGCAGUCUCUAACAGGAGAAUGUUUAUGGUGUCUAAACCACCAUUGAAGAUACGUAUAAAGCCCCAUGCUAAUAAUCAAGACUGCUACAUCUACCUGAAGGAGGACUUUGAAGAGCCAAUGUUUAAAACCAUCCUUCCCCAUUCUGCUGGAAGGAUCUGUUUUGGAUUGACUUGUGGUUACCUGAUCUUGUUCAGUAGGGAAACCCAUGGCUUCUGGCUUGUGAAUCCAAUCACAAGGCAUCAACUUCAUUUCCCUGAUUUCCCCUUACGUGUUUCUGCUCUGCCUACUAAACAGAAAGGAAUGAGGGCUAUCAUGGGUAUCCUUGUCUUUUCACCUUCAAUAUCUGGGUGGGUGUUUGUUGUGUUAAGUUCAAAAUUAUGGCUAUCUUUUUAUAUCGCGGGUAAACCAGGAUGGAAUCAUGUCUCCUCUUCUCUCCCCAUUGUUGAUGUACAUGUUUUUAAAGGGAAGAUAUAUACUCUACACUCUGAUUGUUCUUUAGGUGAACUUAUAGACUCAAUCUGA